GACGCAGGCCCGCGCUCCCCGGCCGCCCGCCGCCCGGUUCGCCGCCCACAUGACCCCCGACCCCCAGGGGAAGGCAGCUACUCGCCGCUCAUGCCCUCUGCGCGCCGCCGACCCUCGUAGAGGCUCGGCUAAGCUCUCCGCCCGGCGCCUGCGCCGAGUUCUGCGAGAAGGCCGUGGAGCCGCCCGGGAGCUGCCCCGCGCGGCCGAGCGAAGGCUCCCUGAGGCAGGGCGCCGUGAGGGCGGGGGCGGGCGGGCGCCUCCCGGGGCCGCUACUCUGGGGCUGCACAACCGCGAGCGGGAUGGCGGUUGUGCUUGUGGUUCCACUCCGUGGCUGUGGGCAGGUCGGUUUCGGUGGCUCUCGCGCGCGGGGGUCGCCGCCAUUUCCUCAGCGCCCCCCGCCGCCCCGCUUCCUCGAAGCCGCUGCGCGCGCGGGCUGCGCGGUGGGCGUCUCGCCCCGGUGAGGCGCGGAGAGACCGGGAGACGGGCGGUUGGAGCUCAGGUGGACUGGUUCAAUGGUUACAAAAUGUCCCUUGCUACGUACAUGAGGUCAUUGGCAGGAGACCAAGGUUUGGACAUCACACAGGAUGUGAAACCUCCAAAAAGCCUAUAUAUAGAAGUGCGGUGUCUAAAAGACUACGGAGAAUUUGAAGUUGAAGAUGAAACAUGGAACCAUCAGGAAGAUAAGGAAACCUUGGCUGAGACCCACAACAUCAAAAGGAGCCAAAGCAGAGAAGUGGGAGUAGGGAGAGGAGUGGAGCUUUGAAAGAUUGCAGAGGUUGCCUGGAAGGACUGGAAGAGGUCUGGGAUGUGACACCGCUUCUGCAAAGAUAGAGAAUCGUCCCCUUCUCUCCUCAGUGGUUCUUCUUUCCAGAGCCUAUGGUGUGACCCCAGGGCUGCAGGUAGCCUGGGGUUGAACUGGAAGGGGGAGUCCUGGGGGUGGGUUAUGGCUAAAAUCCUGGGGUGAGAGACAGCACGGACAUUGUGAAUUCAGUAUGGGGCUCGUGCAGGGCAGUUGGUUGCAGAAUACCACCCCUUCCCAGCCUGCCCAGUUCUCCGGGCCCAGAAACUCCUGGCUGCAGCUUGUUCCUCAUGUCUGCUGCAGACAUCUGGGGAGGUUCCCUGACAAAGGCAGCUUUCAUCAGGUCUCCUCUCAAGAUGCCCCAGGGGAGAUGUGCAAAGAAACACCUCCUGGAGCCCAACAGCUGUGGCCGGAAAAGUCCGCUCCCCAUGUCCUCCAUGUCUCCUCUGCCCAAACGGCCUCUGCCUCGAGCCCCAAGCAUUUCUCCAGCUUUUCUCCAGGCUUAGUUCCCGCCUUAGUUUCCACUCACUCAGAUUCAUCCCUGAGAGCCUCGCCAACACCACAGCCUCUCUUUCCCCUGGACAGUCUUCCACCCACUGGUUUUCUCUCCUUCCCACCAUGUCAUCCUGAUACAGGGACCUGCCUUCCACCUGAGCACCAUUAGGCUCCUUGCUGAGCCUCCCUCAGGGUGAGCCCAUGGCACUAACAACGGGCACCAUCCCACAAAGGUCACGCCCAUGCUCCCCUUGGAGACCAGCCAUCGUAGGGAUCGUCUGUUCCAGCUAUCCUCUUCCUACCCUGUCUUGGUGGCGGGGGCUGCCAAAGAAUGGAGCUUCUCCACCUUGACACACUUGGGGACCCAGAAGAAUACCUUCCCAUACACUCACCAGAGGCAUGAUUUUGGUGAGACCCGAGAAACAGACAGGUAGAGGCAGGUAGCCUCUUUUUUGUCAGCACAGAUGUGCAGAAGCUGCUAGAAAUGUCAAUCACCAAGAGAGUGGAAUUAAUGUUUUGGAAGGAAUAAGAAAAGAAGGAGGAGGCAGGCUGCCAUGUGACUUCAUUGGUGAAGAGAAUUAAGUCACUGAGUGACAAGCAGGACACCUUGGGCACCAGAAUUCCUGGAAAUAAAAAGCAAACCAGAACAGAUGCUUGGACACAUGGGGACCCACUGCCCAUCUCACACUGUCUUUCCCAAUGGAACCACCUUCCUCUCAACUGAAGACUGUCUAUGAUGAAGUGUCUUGACCUACAUUCCAAUAUAAGGCACAAACUUUGAUUCUCAAUGCAAUUCAAAUCCUACAAUGUCACUUUUUAAAAAAGCACCUAGAAAGUGGGCAAACUUUACCCUCUUUGGUUAGAAAAAUCUCAGCAAGUGUUUAGCCAGAUCACCCCCAAUCUUCCCCAGGAAAACAGGUCUUCCCAGGCACACAAAUCUGUCUCCAUUGUUCCUGGGGAUCUGAUCAGCCCUGAGGUUCAGGAGAGACUGGAGUGCCCUCUUUCCAAAAGGUUCAUGCAGCAAGAGAGUGGCCGCCCCGCAGAACCCAAGAGUCUCAGAAAGUGAUGCAGCCUCAGGGCGAAUCCCCAAGGCCUUGGCAGGCAAUGGACACAAAGAGAUCCUCAAGGCCUUCUGCAGGUCUAGGCAAAAGCAGCCAGGAAACACAGAAAAUGGCAUCCUGGUACCUAGCAAGGAUCCCA